AUGGCGGAUACGAAUGAGGAUGAAGCGACACAACAAGAACAACUAAAAACUAUGAUUUCGAAAGAGAUUGGAAAGGCAAUGCAGGCAAAUAUGCCUCAUUUAGCCCAAGAAGUGGAAAGUCAUGUGUUGGAAGUGGUGGAAACAAUGAUGGCGAGUAAGAUGGACGAGUUGAAAGGAAUGAUUGGAGAUAUGCAAGGAAAGAAAGGAACUCGCAAAUGCACUUACAAAGAAUUUAUGGCGUGCAACCCAUUACCUUUCAAAGGAGAAAUUGAUCCUAUAGCAUGUCAAAGGUGGAUUGCAAGUACGGAGGUGGUGUUCGUAAGGAGUCAUUGCGAAAAGGAGGAUCAAGUGAUGUUCGCCACCGGUUUGUUACAACUCCAAGCUAAAGACUGGUGGGAUGCUCAUAGUAAAGAGAUUGGGGAAGACAAAGUUCAAGUCUUGACAUGGCAAGAGUUCAAAAUCCAAGAAGAUUUCUUACAUCUCCGUCAGAAAGACGAAACCAUUGAUGAAAUCACCAAGACUUUUCUCGAUAAGCUGAAAUUUUGUAAAGAAAUAGCGGGAACGGAAAGAAUGAAGAUAAACCGCUAUCAUGGUAUGUUGAAGGCUGAAUAUCGGGAGUUCAUAAUUCCCGCUAAAUGUGAAACCUUGAAUGAACUCAUUAACUUGGCCCGAGAUAGGGAGAUUGAACUAAGAAGACAGGCAGAAAGAGGUGAGAAGAGAGCGUCUGAGAAUGUUUCCAGCUUGAGCCUGUCAAAGAAACAGAAAUUUCAAGAUCAGCGCAAGAAGGAUAAGGCGAAGGGUAGCAUUCCAAAAUGCAAAACGUGCGGGAAGUUAUACACGGGGGAGUGCUUGAAAGGGAAGAAGGGCUGUUACAAUUGUGGUCAAGAGGGACAUCCAUAUUAUAGGUGUCCUAAUCCUUCCAGAACGUGCUAUAACUGUUUCCAACCGGGUCAUAUUAAGGCUGAAUGUCCCAAGCUUCAACAGAAAACCGAUAAGGAAGCAAGAAAGGAGGAAGCCCCAAGAGCUAAGGGGAGGAUGUUUCAGAUCACGACUGAAGAAGCAAAGGACCACCCGAAUGUCGUAUCAGGUAUAUUCUUAUUGAACUUGAUGCCUACAUACGUGUUAUUUGAUACUGGGGCCAGUAGAUCGUUUGUAUCAAGUGAAUUAGUGUCACACCCCUCUUUUAGAAUCGAAAGAAUGCAUGUGCCAUUAGAAGUAGAGAUAGCGGAUAGUAAGAGUUAUUUGCUGCACGAAGUUUGUAGAAAUUAUGAAAUUAUCAUUGAAGACGAGAAGUUUGCCAUUGACCUUAUUCCCAUGGUAUUGGGAGAAUUUAAGGUUAUAGUUGGCAUGGAUUGGCUAGCAAAACAUCAUGCUGAAAUCCAUUUCGAGAAAAAGAUGAUUCACGUGUUAUCACCGGAAGGAAAACGAGUGAGUAUACAAGGGGAAAGGAAUAUAGAAGAGGUUGAAGUUGUGAACGAGUUUCUUGAUGUAUUUCCGGAAGAUUUGUCGGGGCUUCCCCCCGAACGUGAGGUGGAAUUUAAGAUUGAAUUGUAUCCCGAGGCCAAACCUGUAGCCAAAGCCCCUUAUAGGUUGGCCCCAACCGAAAUGGGGGAGUUAAUGGUUCAAAUACAAGAAUUACUCGACAAAGUUUAUUCCCGAAGUGAAGCCGAACAUGCAUGCCAUUUGCGCGAAAUUCUUAAAGUGCUCCGUAAGGAGAAAUUGUAUGCGAAAUACUCUAAGUGUGCUUUCUGGCUUAGAGAAGUACAAUUUCUCGGUCAUGUGAUUAAUGCAGAUGGUAUCUUAGUGGAUCCGUCAAAAGUGGAAGCUGUUAUGAAAUGGGUACCUCCAAAGAACCCAAGUGAAGUAAGAAGCUUUUUGGGUUUAGCAGGCUAUUAUAGGAGGUUUAUUCAAGACUUUUCUAAAUUGGCCCUGCCGUUGACCAAGUUAACCAAGAAGAAUGAGAAGUUUACAUGGGUUACAGAUCAAGAAAAGGCGUUUCGAACCUUGAAAGAGAAGUUGUCAAGCUUCCUGGCAAAUGUAGUGGCCGAUGCCCUGAGCCGAAAGGAUUAUCCGCCUCCAAUUCAAGUGAAAUCCAUGAAAAUGGUAGUUACACCUCGAUUUCUCGAAAUGAUUAAGGAAGCCCAAGUCAAGUCGCUGAGCGAAAUGGAUUCAAGAAAGGAAAGAACAAAGGGGUUUGUUGAUAAAUUAGAAGAAAGACCCAGUGGAAUUAAAUUGAUGUAUGGCCGGAUAUGGAUACCUCGGUUUAGUGAAGCAAAAGACGUGUUACUCGAAGAAGCUCACAAAUCCCGAUUUUUGGUUCAUCCAGGAGCUACAAAAAUGUAUUUGGAUUUGAAGAAAAGUUAUUGGUGGCCCGGUAUGAAAUGUGAUAUCGUCAAGUAUGUUGCAAAAUGUUUGACCUGUUCGCAGGUAAAGGCAGAACAUCAGAAACCAUACGGAAAGUUGCAACCGUUAGAAAUUCCGGUAUGGAAAUGGGAAGAAGUGACGAUGGACCUAGUGACCAAGCUUCCUAAGACAAGGAAAGGUCACGAUGCUAUAUGGGUGAUCGUGGACCGUCUCACCAAGAGCGUGCACUUCUUACCCAUUAGGGAGACUUUCUCUUCUGAAAAGGAUGGCGGAAAUUUAUGUUAA